AUGAACACCCGCAAUGCGCCGCUCUCACCUGUCUCUCUAGGCGGCGGCGAGUGGCCCGGCGUUCCUCCUUACCAGAAGCCCGACGGCGAGAACCCCUACCCCAAUAAUCGCGGUCUCAUCUCGCCGCCCAGCUCGGGUGGCUCCAACAGGAUGAUGAACGGCUUCCCUCCCGGUGCGAGGAGCAUCGGCGGACCCUCUCCUCCGCCCUCUAUCGGCCGUUCCAGCACCUAUGCGAGAAGCGAGAGCGGACGGAGCAUACAAGAGGAGAAUAUCGAGGCUGUGCUGGGCGAACACUAUGUCGCGCUCAAGAGAUAUCUAUCGUCGACUUCGAAAGACGGACGCGCCAACCCGCCCCCCAACAAAGCCCGUGACAAGUUGCUGCGACUGUCAUCUGUGCAGUUUAGAGAGCUUUCCACCGACGUGUUUGACGAAUUGGUGCGACGGCAAAGGAGGCGACCUCCCCCGGGCGCCCCUCCCAACGCUGGCCCGCCGCCCUACCUGCUCCCUGAAGAUACCUUCCACCCAAAGCGCAACCAAGCACGCCAGAAGCUGUCCACACUCGGGUCCCCCAGAUUUAGAGAUCUCGCCACCGACGUCUUUUGUGAAUUGGAGCGGCGCAUUCCUCGGUUUAUUGCUGGAGACAUACCUCGAAUGGGAACGCCUGGUGGUCCUCCAAGUCGCACCGGCACACCUGUCAAUGGUAUGGGGGGUCCGAGAGGGCCCGGAGGGCCCAACCGCGCGAUGCGACGGCCGUCCGAUGCAAGUUCCAUUCGCUCAGCAGGACCCCCAAGAAUCAAUGGCGAAUAUCCCAUGCCGCCAUCUCCCGGACUCCCAAACGGUGGCUUCGACCGACCACUCCCCAAGACGUUCAACAGCAACACAAUUGUACCGAACAAGAGUACCAUGGUGGAGGAAGACGACGACCUUACUGGGUCAAACGAUGACGACCAUGAUGCAUUCGGGCUGAGCAAUCGUGCCAGUAAGAGGAGUGCCGGCACAAGUGGGGGCGCCUCUGAAACGGACAAGAAGCUUAUAGACGACUACCAAACCCAAGUACGAGAACUGCGGGACAAACUGGACGGGAUGGAAGACCAACUGAAGAAGAAAGACGACGAGCUAAACAGCCUGAUGGACAGCGAGCGCUCACGGGCCGCUGCCUCUAAUGUGGAGAAGAAGGGCUGGGAAGACUUGCGAACUGAUUUAGAGGGCAAACUAGCCGAGGCACAAGACCUGAACAACUCGAUGCGCAACGAACUCGAGCGUAUGAGAGACGACCACGCUGCCGAAUCGCACAAGUUGAGGGAGGAGCUUGAUUAUGCCCAGGAGAUGGCCGAGCAGAACAAGGGAAGCACAGACGAUUCAGAGGCAAUUCGGGAGAACCGCGAGCUGCGCAUGGCCCUCGAAGAGCAGCAACAGAUCACAGAACAUGUCCGCCGUGAAACACAGCAGUAUCUCGAGGAGAUGAGGGCGCUGACCGUGCAACAUGCGCCUUCUUACGACAGGCAGGCCCAGCUGGAGAAGACGAUCGAGGGGCUGGAACAGGAAGUCCAGACCUGGCGAAGCAACUAUGCCCGCGCCAAAACCCAACUCCGCAGCAUGCGCGCUUCGUCGAUAGGACUAUCCAUGGAGCUAGACGCCGUCAAAUACGUCCAGGACAAAGGGUUCAUAGCGGAGACCGGCCUCGUCAAGGAUGUUUACGUCACCAAGUUCCAGGUUUCGAUCGACGAGCUUCUGCGCCGAGUCCGAACGGACAACCCGGAGAAAGUGGUCCAUUAUAUGAAGUUGGUCAUUUUCCGAGUACAGCGUAUCACCAAGGACAUCGAUGCCGAUCAGCCCAACGACGAGGAAAUCAUUCACCACCGGCAGAAGCUGAGGAGCCGCGUUUCCGCCACCGCCAGUAAUCUCAUCACCGCCUCGAAGAACUUUGCUUCCUCUGCCGGCAUUUCCCCCGUCUCCCUAGUCGAUGCGGCUGCUUCGCAUCUCGUCGCUGCUUUGGUGGAGCUGAUGCGGGCUGUCAAGAUUCGCCAUACUCCAGCUGAAGAGCUUGAAGACGAUGAUGACGGUACGAUCACCCCUGUGGACUCGGCCCAGUUUGCCUCUACCAGCACCACUACAAUCCAACAAGAUCCAUACUCGGAACCCCAAAUAUCUCCGCUGGCGCCGCCUCCCGCAUUGCAGGCAAUCCGCGCAGGCAUGCGUGAUAGUGCCAACUCCUCCGCAUAUAGUCCUGUCAACUCGCCGAGAGAAUCUGUCGAGCAGUACAACUCGAGAAUGUCCGGCAAUGGCGCAACAUAUGGGAACGGUAAUAUGACUUACACGGGCGCCAACCAUAGCGAUGCAGCGACCCGGAAUGGCUACGGGCCUCGAGAUACCGACAAUGAAGAUUUGAAAAUCUAUCUCGAAGACCAGUCAGCCGUAAUGGUCCAGGCUAUCCAGGGUCUGGUUGGGUCCAUUCGUGGCAACGCACCGAUCCAGGAGAUUAAUGACCAGAUCGAUUCGAUUGCCGAGGUUGUCGGCACAGUCGUCUCGGUGACGGUGUCUAGCGGAAACGACGGUGAGAUGCUCGACCGCCUCACGUCUUGCCGUCAGCGCUUGCUAGAGGCUGGCGACCACGGCAACAACCUUGCUGAUCGAGGCCUUGGCGACACGGAUCGCGAGUGGCGAAUGUGGACGCAGACCCUGCCCCCUAUCGCCUUUGAGAUUGCACGUGUCACCAAGGAGCUUGUGCAACACAUUGACCGCGUCGGCAUAUCGCCUGGCGAAGAGGACCUGACCUAG